GCCAAAGAUGCAACCAGGCGGAAAACCAAAAGUGACAUUUUUCAAUUCCAGAGCAAAGGAAUACUCAAUACCUAAUCAAUCUACCCUGCGUCUCUUUCCCUCGACACUUUUAUUCGACCAGAGCAGGCCGAACACAGCCCGCCUUAUAGAGGUCACUUUGCAACUCUUACGGUUGCUCUUGUAUCUCUGAAGUUCAACUCCAGGGCUGGUCACAAAUUCUUUCUUGUUUUUCAUCGAAGACCGUCUUCCUCUUAAACCCGCGUCACGACCAUUCGUGUCCUUCAUCCUUUCCCUCCCUUAACGGCCUUUAAUCAUCUCCAAAUAGUCACAAUGGCCGAAUACCUAACCCCUCCCUCAUUCCUCACGGACAAUUCCGUCGCUGCAGUCAUCAAGGAUGCAUACAUCUCUUUCUCAGAGCGAAGGGCGGCCCUUGGCCUGCCCAAUCCCGGAACCGUGGAUAACAUCGCCAGAGAGGUGCAGAAGGAGGUCCUGCUGUCCAAUUUCAUGUUCUCUGGUCUUCGGGCGGACCUAACGAAGGUCUUUGGCAUGUCUCCUCUGUUCCGUGUGUCGCAUGCAUUCUCCAUGGGCUCGUCAGGGAACCUGCCUCCCUAUGCCUUCUCGGCCAUGUAUGGAAGUCCAAAGGUAUUCAUGCAAGGCAACUUUGGAAGCGAUGGCGCACUCGCCGCCGUCAGCAACUAUCGUUGGAGCCCGAAACUUGUCACCAAGACCAACACUCAGAUCAUGGCCGGCGCUAGCCAGGGUCUUAUGCAGAUCGAUAACGACUACACCGGCGAUGACUUUUCGGCCUCCAUCAAAGCCUUCAAUCCAUCCUUCCUGGAUGGGGGUCUUACUGGCAUCUUCGUCGGGAGCUACCUCCAAUCCGUUACCCCCAGUCUAGCUCUUGGAUUCGAGGCUAUCUGGCAGCGCCAGGGCAUGAACACUCGCCCAGAAACUGCGAUUUCCUACAGCGCCCGGUACAAGACCAGUGACUGGAUCGCCAGUGCUCAGCUCCAGGCUCAGGGUGUUUUCACAGCAUCUUACUGGAAGAAACUCUCCGAGCGCGUUGAGGCGGGUGUUGAUAUGAACCUCCAGUUUGCACCCAAUGCGGCUGCAGCUCUUAUGGGUGGUCCUAGCAGAGAUGGCACUACUGCUAUCGGUGCCAAAUACGACUUCCGGGCAUCCACCUUCCGGGCUCAGGUCGACAGCGCCGGAAAGGUAAGCUGUCUUCUCGAGAAGCGGAUAGCGAUGCCCAUCUCUCUUACAUUCGCUGGCGAGAUUGAUCAGGCCAAGCAAUCGGCUAAGCUCGGUCUUGCUGUGUCCCUUGAGAUCGCUGGCGAGGAGUUGAUGGAACAACAAGAGAAGAUUGAGGCCCAGGGCAUGGUUCCUCCACCUUUCUAGGUGCCUUCGACGCGAAGCUGGGACUAAUACGGCUCACUGACAGUGGGGACCUUGAGCUAUCGCUCCGUGUCCGCCUUCCAGCUGAUAACCUUUUUCUUCAUUUGUUUUAGUAGCUCUUCACUCCCCCUGUGUAUUGUUCGGAGGAUGGUAUGUCACCCCAUAAGGAGUUUAUCCCUCGGAUACGGUUGGUUAUUCCGGGAGGCAGUCGUUUGGCGCCAAGGAACCACAUUUUGUAUAGAAUCACCUUUGAUUUAUCCGACAGCCCCCCUUUUUUGUCUCACUUUUAUUGUACGUUUCACUUAUGGAUCCAUCUAUGACUGUCAACCCAUCUUUUUCUCUGACUGAUCACUGGGACUGCGAAGCAUG